AUGACCGUAACAGAGAGGAUAGAAGCCAUAUAUGAUGCCAAAAAAACCGUCACAUUCGCCGUAAUCGGUGGAGAUCUUUUGGGGCAAUACAAAAGCUUCUUUUUCACACUCAACGCGAGUGAGGGCAUGGGCACGUGGACCUUUGCCUUUGAGAAACUUGAGAUUUUAACCCCACCUCUUGAGCCUUAUAUUCCAUUGGCAAUCACGACUUGUACACUUGUGUCCAAGAAAAUAAAAAAUUUCCGCCCCCUUAUACUUGAUAACACUUAUGAUCGAGAAGUUUCAGAUGAUAAUCAUGGGAGUGAAGAUGAACCCAACUCGCCUGAAACUGAGAACUCUGUCGCUAGGCCAACUCGCGAAACCAAAAAUCUCUCCAAAGCUGAAGAUAAUAACGCGGCCAAUAGGAGUGCUAACGAUGAUGUUAAUGCCAUAAAUGAUGAUACUUAUGUUGAGCUAGCUGAAGAAAAACAGCUUGUGCAAGAUGGGACUCUAAAUCUGGACACAAAUCAGCUCCCGAAAACCGCCCGUAACGUGCUCGAAGAAAUGCCCCAAAGGAAAUCUUCUCCUUUGGACAAGCAAAAAGGGAAUAAGUCCAAAACCCAAGCAACCAAACCAAUUCGGGGCAAGGACAAACAAAAGGCACCUUCAGUGGAAAACCAUCCCAUCUCAAAGGGAGUUGAGACAAAAGCCCCAAAGGAGACGGAAGCACCAAUGCAGACCACCAUCCCAGAAACUUCCACUAAAGGGCAUCAAACCUCUAAAGCCGCUUUGGAAACAAAGUCAUACACUUCCAAGGGGAUUAACACUACUCCGGAAUCCUCCUCUAAUGAGCAACCAACUUCCUCAAAAAUGGAGGAGGGGAAAGAGGACCUUGAAGAGGCUUCUAACUUGGAGAGGUUAAACCAAGAAAAAGCCGAAGGCGAUGAUAAAGAAUGUGAGAUUGAAGAGGACAUGGAGCUUGAACCUACCAACCAACUAAACAUGGAGGAGCCACCAUUCCAAUUGGUGGCAAAGAAAAACAAAAACUUGAAACAAGGCGGAGGGCCAAUCCAAUGUGUUUAG